GAACGGACGUGUGUGCUCGUGUGAUGCGGCGACAGGUUCGCAGGUAGCGUAGUUUUACCUUUGCCGCUCUACAAAAGUCAAGCCGCGACAACAAUAGCAGUAACAAUAAGCGCAAUUAUAAUCGCAACAAUAGGCGCAUUCUUAAUUGUGUUUACCUUUGAUUGCCACCACACCGCUGCGGAGAAGAAGAGGGAGACAGACUUGAAAUAACUGCGAUUUCGACUUGUGUGUACGUGCGUGUGCUAGUGUCUUGUCGCGUCCUCCGCCGCCUCCCAUAUCCCGUUUUUGUUUGUUUGUUUUUGGUUCUUAUUCUUACUGUCGCCGUUCCUGUUUCUUUCUCUGUCGCUGCAAGUGCGCUCGGUUUUUCCUUUUUCCUCAAUUGGAAUGUGCAGCCAAAGAAAAGCGGAGCAGAGCAAAGCCAAUGAAAAGCAAAAGGCACAACAACAACAAGGCAAGGAAAAGCAAAUGAAAGAACAAAUCAGAGCAGCAACGGUAUUUUGUCAACGAGAAAACGGAGAAGAAUUUUAUAUAAGCACUAAAAGCACAUAACAUAAUCUACUAUUCCACAUACAUUCUGUCCCACGACAACAACAACAAUAAAAACAAGGCAACUCUACCUACUACAACUACUACUACGGCAACAACAAUAACAAAUACAACGGCAACGACGAGGCAACGUUAAAAAGUACUAAUAAAUACAAUUUUACACAUUCACAUUCCAUAUUUGAUUCUUUUGUGUGUGAAAAACUUAUAAGAGAUAAAAGCAACGACAACAACAACAAAACAACACGAAACCAACGGCAAAUAACAAAAGUAUAAGCAGCGGCGGCAACAACAACAACAGUAAGCAGUAAGCAGCAUAGCAAAGCAGCGACGUUGACGACGACCGCGGCAGCAAAGAAGAAGAAAGAUAAAUACAUAGCAAUUUCGACUAAAUAAAGUUUGCCAACCGUCGUCGGUCCAAGCGAACGUUCCUGUGUUCCUCCGGAUUCCCGGUUGUUCCUGCAAUACGGUUGUUACCGCAUUACGCAUACGCCCCCCCCAAGCUUGCUCUCGCGUGCCACUUGUUGCCGGCUUAGUACUCUACACUCUCCACUCUCCACUCCCUCUCUUUGAUUGAUCCACACGAUUGCGAGUGUUGUGUGGGUGGGGGUAGGAGAACGGUCGGUCAGAGAGGUGAGGCGGCAGAAGAGAGACUAAGAGGCUGAGGCUAAGGAAGAGAGGACGCGGCAUGCAGUUGAUGGCUAGCGGUUAUUACGGUUACACCACUAUCAUCGCUGGUUCCUGUUCCUCCUGUUGCUUCCGUUCCAGUUACCCCCCCGUUUCCGUUCCAGUUCCCGUUCGCGCUCCCCAGGAUGGAGAGCGAACAGCAACAGGAGGCGACGGGCGGAAGUCCACAAUUAUGUCGCAUCUGUAUUACCACCCACCACCACAACAACAACAACAAUAACAACAAUAAUAGCAACAGUAAUAGCAACAACAAUGGCGUCACCACCGCGCAAAUGAUUCCCAUCUUCGGUGAGGAUGCGCUCUGGCAGAAGAUUACCACUCUGGCCAACGUCAAGAUCAGCAAAAAUGAUACCCUGCCGCAGCAGAUAUGCGUCGACUGCGCCCAGCUAACCCUCUCGGCGUGCCAGUUGAAGAAGAAAUGCGAGGAGGCGGACCACUUUUAUCGCCAGCAGUUGCUGCCCCGGCGUCAGAAGAUCGAGGGCGGAGGUGAUCCAUUAGAGGUUACCUCCGCCGCUGCGGCCGUCGAUCAGGCCAAGAGCAGUGGCUGCAGCAGCGGCAGCGGAAGCAGCAGUGGCAGCGGCAGCAGCUCCACCAGCAGCAGUUCCUCCUCGGACGACGAUGACGAGGAGGAGGAGGAGGAUAAUGACAACGAACAGGAUAACGCCGCCGGAGUUGCAGCUUCGCACAAGCGUUUGCCCAAUGGUCAUGGUCAUGGCAUCAAUGGUCAUCUCAAGCACGAGGGUCGUGGGGAAGAAGAUGAUCCGGAACAGGAUCAGGAUCAAGAGCUGGAAGCUGUCGAAGAAGAGGAAGAGGAUGAGGAGGAGGCCGAGGUCAAGGGCCAGCGCAAUGGUGUGGAGUUGGUGGUAACAAAAACAGAUGAUAUGGAUGAGCUGAAUCCGUUGGAACAUCACCAGCACCACACCGACGAUGACGACGACGAUGGCGAGAUUACCGUCCAUGGCGUGCAUUCCAAGGAUCCGCCGUUCGACUUUAACUCAAUCCGGUUGAUGCAGGAGUAUAUGCAGCAUCAGAUGAACAAGUUUCCCAAUGGCCAAUCGGGCCAGGAUAUGGACCUUGAUCUUGACCAGCAGCAGGAGCAGCAGCACCAGCAACAGCAGCAGCAGAUGCAUCACCACCAAGACGAUGAAGAUGAUGAGGAUAUGUCCCUGCCUUUGAUACCAGAGAUUGAGCUGAUUACCCCAGGCGAUGAACCAGCGCCCUCGGAGGGCAAUGGCCUGGCCCUGAAUGGCGUGGUCCAGGGAUUGGGUGGACCAGGUUUCCAGUGUCCGCACUGUUAUCAAAUCUUUGAGAUGCGGCAGAUCCUCAAGGCGCACAUGCAGAGCGUACAUGGUGCCCCGGGGCCGGUGUACGAGUGCAGCAAUUGCCGCAAGACCUACUUUUACAAGCGCUUCCUGGAGAAGCAUAUCCGUCGUGGUCGUUGCGUCAAGAAGCGUCGCAAUCAAACUCGUCCCAUGCAGUGCUCGGAUUGCCAUGUUCUCUUUCCCACGGGCCAUCAUCUGGGCUGGCACAAGCGCACUGGAUGUCCUUCCAAGGCGGCCAAAAUGCCCCUUCAGCAGCUGUUUAAGCAAAAUAUUGUGCAGUUUAAUAAUUUCCCAAAGCGCAUGGCAGCGGGAGGAGGUGGAGUAGCAGCAGCAGGUGGAGGAGGAGGAGUUGCAGGUGCAGCCACACGCAAGACCAUAGCUCCUGAAAUUCAUGUGAUGAACAAUCGCAAGCUGGGAUUGGUGAACAAACGCAAGGGACGCACUCGCAUCAAGCUGGAUGCCAAGAAGAUAGCUUUGGCCAAGCAGCUGAUAUUGCGCGAGGCCACCACAACGGUGAUUGCCAACGAACUGAACAUUUCGCGCACCUUUGCCUGGCGUCUGCGCAAGAGUUUGGUCAAUGGGGUUAGUUUGCAUGAGCGUGUGGUGGAUCCGGCUCAAGAGGAUCAACAUCAGCAGCAGCAGCAGCAGCAGCAGCACCUCCAGCAGUUGCAGCAGCAACACCAACAUCUUCAUCAUCACCAGCAGCAAAAGCAAGAGGAUUUAGAGCGCGAAAGAGAGCAUCAGCAUUUGAGCCUGCCAUAUGGACACCUGGGAUUGGGCCUCAUCAAGGAGGAGCAACAGGAUAGCGAAGAUGAGCAGCAGCAGCAUCACCACCACCCACUUGGUUUAAUGGACGAAUGUGGGGCGGAUGAGAUUGGAGCCGAGGAGACUGCCGGUUAUAUGGGCGAUGAGGAUGCCGUUUCCGGUUUGCUACACAAUGGCUAUGAUCCCGAUUCCGAUCCCAUCAUUGAUCAUGAUCCCUUCGAGGGGGCCACUGGUGCUGGCACCACCACCACCACCGACAAUGAGCGACAUUCCAAUGGGCGGGGUCCUGGCUCGAUUUCACCAGCGCUACCAGUUCCGGUGCAGGUUCAUGCGGCCACGCGACCGGAAGUGGAGGCCUAUAAGCGCCUGUUGGCCGAAUCCCAGCAUUUUCCCCACAUUGUCAAUGCCCAGCAGUUGCAGUUGCAGCAGCAGCAGCAGCAGCGGGAGAGGGAGAGGGAGCGAGAGAGGGAGAGAGAACGGGAGCAGAUGCAGCAUCAGCAGCAAAAGGCCCAUAAUGGAGGAAUGCCCAUGCUAAGACGUUAUCCGAGCGCCGUUAUGCACGCUUUGCCCGUCAACCUGUCCCUGCGCUCCAUGCCGCCCCACAUGAACAGCAACGAGAGCAAUGGCAGCUCCAGCAGCAACACGGCAGCUCCUCCACAAGUUGCUGCCUCCUCCUCCUCGUCCGCAACGACCACGCCAACCGGCAAGAAGCCCCGCAAGCCGAACGUCUUUAUCGAUGAUGAAAAAUAUGCCAUGGCCAAGCUGCUGGUGGCCCAAAAUUCAUCGACCAUGGAGAUAGCACGAGCUCUAAAUGUAUCCCAGAUGACGGCCUGGAAAGUGCGCGAUGCCAUACUCAAGGGAGUUCCGCUCUCCUAUCGCAACAAGCGAGCCGAUGGCAGGCAUGCCGAAGAGCAACUGACGGUCAAGGAGCAGCAGCAGCAGCACCAUCAUCACCACCAGCAACAACAACAACAACAACAGCAACAGCAGCAGCUUGAGCAGCGCCAGCAGGAGCUGCAACGCCAACAGGAAUUGCAGCAGCAGCAGGAGUUGCAGCGUCAGCAACUCGAGCAAAUGGAGAUGAUCAAGCAACAGCAGAAGCGUCAGCAACAGCAGCAGCAGGAAUUGCUGCUCCAACAGCAGCAGCAGCAGCAGCAACAACAAAUGCGUCACCACUCACCGGCAGCAGCAGCAGCAGCAGCAGACACAUCACAUCACUAUCAGCAGCAAGCAAAGGUUCUGCAUCCGCGACGCCGUCUUAAGGCCGCCGAACGUGAGCUGCGCGACAAGGAGAUCACGCGCGAAAUCCUCGAGCUGAUCAAAGAGGAUAGCAACAUACAGUACUGGAAAGUAUCGGCCCGCUUGGCCGAAAAAGGUAUCAAUAUAUCGCCUUCGUCCGUCUGCCAGAAGCUCAAAUCGAUGGGCAUUCAUCGGCGCUGGAAGCCGGGCGAUAAGCCACCCAUGCUGGCCAUAAAUCAGCUUAAAGUGGCCACUGCAGCGGCAGCAGCGGCGGCGGCAGCAGCAGCGGCAGCUGGUUUGUCAGGCGGAGGAGGGAUACCGGGUGGAGGAGGUGGAGGAGUACCCGCCGGCAGUGGCUUUGGUUUGGCCACCGAUGAUGGCUACGAGCCGCAGCAGUUUGAUAUGGGUGGGCCACACUUUCUGAGUGCCUUUACGCGGUGAAUCAACAAGAGCAGCAGCCGUCUAGAUCCAGACACUACAAAAGGGAAUUGAAGUGGAUCGAAGGUAAGGUUUACAGCGUAAGAAACUUGGGUUGAGGGAAUUUCUAGAAAGAAACGAAAGCCGUCAGAAGGAGAUAUAUAUAUAUAGAAAUAGAGAGAAAGAGAAAGAAAGGGAAAGAAAGAGAAAGAAAGAGAGGGAAAGAGAAAGAGUUAAAGAGAAAGAAAGGGAAAGAAAGAGUUAAAGAGAAAGAAAGAGAGGUAGAAGAGUUAGAUUUAGUAAUGAAAGGAAAUAAGUUUUUCGAUCUACAGUCUUUUUUCAUUGCUUUUUGAUUUGAUUUUUGAUAUUCUCUGCUGUUGACAGCGUUUUUUAAGUUUUUUUUUUUUAUAUUUAUAAAGUUAUAUACAUAUAUAUUAUAUAUAUGGAUCGAAACACUUGAACCUGUAUUUUUUAUAUAGUAUUUGCCGUUUAGGAGAAACAAACAACAACCUUUUUAUUUGUAUUAUGUAACCGAUAUGAGAUAGAUAUAUAUAUAUUGUACGUUUCUGUAUUAGAUUUAUGUACACAUGUAUAUCCCAUACACACACACACACACACACACACACACACAUUUCCAUUCCAAAACCAAGAAGCCAUUCAUAGAACCCUUCCUUUAUCCCCACAUUGAGUAGCUUCUUCUUCCACCCAACAUUAGCCCAUAGGUUUUAAUAUUAUUUUAGUUUAAAACCUACAUUAUGCAUUCAUAUUUAUUGAUGGCAUUAUUCAGUACUGAAAUAUAAUUUAGUUAAAUUAUUGAGUUAAACAAUCAGAACAAGACAAGGAAGCAGAACAAAGCAGCAUCUAGGAAAGGCAAGGUGAGAGAGAGAGAGGGAAGCUAGCGACAUAAGUGCAAUUAUAAACUAAACAAAAAAACAAAGCAAAACAGCUGAAAAACAUAAGAGAAAAUGUAAAACAUUAGGCAGGAUAAAAAAGGAAACAAAGAGAAGGAAAAGAGAGUAAGAAAAGACAGAGAAGAUUGUGUAAAAGUAUGCAGCUUGCUUAUAAUUCCCAACUUGCUUUGGCUCCAUCCAAGCCCCAUUUUAAUGUGGAGACAAGACCAGAGAAUCAGUGUUAACAAAAGAUUAAGUAGAAAGAAAGACAAAAAAUAAGAAAAAAAAAUACAUUGUAGCCAAUUUUUAGUGAAAAAUGAGAGAAAAAACCCACAAAAGGAAAAUAAAAACAAGACAAGGAGAACUCAGAACUGUAUUUAUUUACAGAUAAUUUUUUUUUAGCACAUAUUUGAUUUUAUUUGUAUUUUUCCAUUUUUGUUGAAACACAAAAAGAAUUGCAUUUGACCUGCGAUUUAUUUUUGGAUAGAUUUUAAGGUUUUUAAGCUUAGAGCAAAAGAGAUAGACAGAGAGAGAGAGAAAGAGAAAGAAAGUUGAGUUAGUAUCUUAACAUAACUUUUUUUUUUAGUUAAUAAUAAUUAUAAUUUUGUAACUGCUUUUUAAACCAAUCAAUCCACUCGAUAAAUGAUUCCCUCCCUCCAAAAAAAAACCCUCAAACACACACCAAACACACAUCUACACACACACCACUAAGCGCAAGCGGGCUAACGAACUGUGCAAAGUAUUUUCUAUAUGCAUUACUCUAUAUAUAUAUAUAUAUAAAUAAAAAUAAAUAUAAAUGUAUAACCAUAAACCAUAAAUACGCAAAACUACAUUUAUAAAGUAAUUUGUUUUUUUUUCACAUAUUUUUUUUUAAUGUAUUUAUUAGCAGCAGCUUUUAAACAAUAAUCAUAGAAUUAUAAUAAUUUUUUUUUUGUAUGAAAUACAAAGAAGAAUAAUAUAAUUUAAACAAUAAAUAAAAAUAUAUAUAUUAAAAAAGCGUAUAUACUCGUAAGGAUCCAUUGCAAGCAGCAUCAAACAAAUAGAACUGACGUGCCUAUGUAGCGAUUAAAUCUUACACCCACACACCACACACACACUACACACACACACCUAGAGAGAAACUGAUGUUAAUGCAUAAAGAAAUAAUCAUUCCAAAAUGUCAUACGAAGGAAAGAAAAAACAAAAAACAAUAAAAAAAAACAUAAACAUUAUAUAUGAUUACAUAAAUGUAGCAGAAUAUAUAUAUAUAUGAAACAUGCUCUAUAUAUAUGUAUAUUUUUUAUUAAAUAUUCCAUUUGAAAAAAAA